UUGCUCCUUCUGUUUGCCCAUACAUCCAAUCAAUGCGUGUCGUCAUCAGGGGGGGACCCAUCAUGACGACUGGCCUAUUAAGAAUGACAGCUCUGGAGAAAGAAGGAGAGAGAGAGAGGGUAAAUGGUGAUCCCUCCCUGCAGAUCUCCCAGCUCUCCGCACUCUGAAGCGCUCUUCUCUCAGGGUCACACCGGAUUGAUUCUCCUCUUCCAGAAGCCUCUCCUUCUCCCUGCAUCCCCCCACCCACCCGCCAACAUCUCACUCUCAAACACACACACACACACACAACACAACACACCCCUCCAACCUGAGAAUCAUCGCCUUGGUUUGAACGGUUUAUACCCAGCGAAGUCGGGGGUUUCUAAGUCGUACUUGUGAUGGAAAGCAGAGAGGAGAUGGUGAUGCUGGCGGAGGGAGGUCAGCUCGCCAAGACCGGCUCUAGUUUGUCGGAGGGCAUGGUUAGAGAGUCGCAGCAGGGGAAGCAGAGUCACAGGAGCUGCCUGAGCCCCGGCGCAGCGCCCUAUUCCAGGGACAGGAGCGAGCUGCUGCUGGAGGAGAGCGCACGGAGGAGUAUGUGCGCCGACGUGAGGCCAGUUGGCGCGUCCUCAGCCGGCGAGAGGCACCGGACUGAUCACCCCCACAGAGACGGCAGCAGCUCAGACACAGAGUCGGACUUCUACGAGGAAAUUGAUGUCAGCUGCACGCCUGACAGCAUGGACUACCCGACUGCAAAAGGCAGACAUGGAGACUCUCCUGGUCACCCGGGUGAUACUGGUGCUGACCCGGGUAAAAACGUGCAGGGUCCGGGCUCUCUGUCUUACUCAGCUGACCAGAUUCGCCGGUACCGGACAGCGUUCACCAGGGAGCAGAUCGCACGGCUGGAGAAGGAAUUUUACCGGGAGAACUACGUGUCCAGGCCGCGGAGAUGUGAACUGGCGGCUGCGUUAAAUCUGCCUGAAACUACCAUCAAGGUGUGGUUUCAGAACCGCAGGAUGAAAGACAAGCGUCAGCGUCUGGCUAUGACGUGGCCUCACCCCGCCGACCCGGCCUUCUACACCUACAUGAUGAGCCACGCGGCGGCCACCGGGAACCUGCCCUACCCUUUCCCAUCGCACCUGCCGCUACCUUACUACUCCCACCUGGGUGUCGGAGCCGGCUCAGCUCCGGCCGCCACCCCUUUCUCAAACCCGCUGCGCUCCCUGGACAGUUUCCGGAUGCUGUCUCACCCAUACCAGAGGCCGGAGCUCUUGUGCGCCUUCAGACAUCCCCUGUACCCCGGUCCGACUCACGGCCUCGGACCCGGGGGAACCCCCUGCUCCUGCCUGGCCUGUCACUCCAGUCAAACCAACGGUAUCUCAACCAGGCCGCCCGGCUCGGACUUCGCCUGCUCCCCAACAAGCAGAACUGACGCUUUUGUCACAUUCACGCCUUCAGUGCUCAGCAAAUCUUCACCUGUGACAUUAGACCAGAGGGAAGAAGUGUCCCUAACCAGAUAAAAUAACAAUACAAUUUUAAAAGAAUAAAAACAAUUCUUCUAUAUAAGCCUUUACACCAUGAGCUUUUUAACAUAACAUAGGAUAUGUUCAGGAAUGAAACAGCAUGACGUGGUAGCCAGUGAAAGCUUAAACCAUGGGGCAAAGAUAAUUACGCACAAAAGAUCCUCCAUUAUAUCGAGAAAUAAAAAAGCCCACAGCAGAGGCGGGACAGUGAAGAUGGCGGCAUCACGGACACAAAACCACAUUUGAUUUUUAGAAGAUUAAUUUGAUGUGUGAGAGUGGAGGGACUCCAGUGAAACGUUUAAAUCUCCUUGAUGGAUGGCCUUACGGUUUUAUCAUCACUUGUCUCUUUGCGCGUCUACAUCGACCUACAUGUACCGUUAGUUUUCGCGAGAAGGAUGCUUUCCAUCUCUCUUUUUUAACAAGGGGAUUUGUUAACAGACUGCGACCGUCUCAUCUCAUUAUAAGCAGCUCUCCACACCGGGGCCCUCCACGCCGGCACGGGCCGAAAUGUGCAGAUGCUAGUAAAAUUAGUAUGUGAUGUAUAUGUACGACCCGGUGAAUUUUGAGUGUUGAAUUAAUGAUAAUACCAGGAAGGAAGGGAUCGUUGCUGCCAAAAGGUAACAAGGCGCCAAGGGAACGGAUUACUACAAUCCCGCACGGUUUGAAGAGAAGGAUGAGGAGGGAGGAGGAGGGAGGAGUGUACCCAGAAGAGGAUGGAGAGAAACAGAGGGAGGACAAUCAAAAUGGGGGAAAAAAAAAUAAUGAUGAACAUUUUAAAGGCCUUCUCUUCCAGUUCUCCCUCUCUCAAAUAUGUAGGAGCCUGUUCUUAAAUCUCAUGAAGAUGUGACGAGAUUACGCAUAUAGGCCUCAUGAAGUAGCCAUUUCCCUCGCUUUGCACUGCGACAGCGAACUAACAAGUGACUGGUUGUGUUUUAUUUUAUUCUGUUUUAUUAUCAUUUUAUUUUUUUUUGGCUGGGUUUGUCCUCAAGGUCUAAUUUGCAAAUAAACAGU